UUAAAGGCUUUUUAAUAAAACCCUGUGUCACCCUCAUGUCACGUGUCGUCAUCAGUGACUCUGAAGUGACUCUGAAGUGAUUCACUUCCUCUGACUUGUUUCCUGUAGUGGGCUUGUGUGGACCUUAGUGUGUGUUUAUAUCUCACUGGAGAAUAUUUCAUUAUCGGAGGGGAUUUUUAAACAAGCUUGCGUAAGCAGAUAUUUCCCCAAAUAAACAAGAAGUAUUGAGCUGAUGAAAGUUUUCCUUUUGUAAAUUGGGAUUUUUUUUUUCAGGGGUUCAGGAGCCCUAAUAAAGUUAAGACUAAACUAUAAAAGUAAAGAAUUUGUUUUUUAAAUAAAUCAUGGAGUGAGCUGAUUGAGUUUAUUUCGCCUUUAUUAUCGUUAAUGUUUGGCUUAAAACUGUAUUUAACACGUAAACUAUUGGACAUUCUGUUGUAUUGUUAAUACAUGAAAAGAACAAAGUAAAGAAAUGAAGACAAGAAUGUUUACAUCCGCCUUGGGGUGACGUGUCAGGCAGUCCAUGCCCACCGUGGUCACGUGACCUGGACUCACCUGGCAACGGGGGAAGCGUCGCCGCGGAGACGUGAAUGAACUUCUGAAGUUCACGCGAGUAGCAAUGAGUUUUUAUGAGCUUCAUCAAACCCAGUAAAGAAUAAAAACAAGCACAACUUGCUAAACUUGCUGUUUAUUUACGGUGUGUGUACAGGUGUGUGUACAGGUGUGUGUACAGGUGUGUGUACAGGUGUGACAUGCGGGAGGCGUUGUGAGUGUGCUCUUCAGCAGCAUGGGGAAACUGCAGAGUAAACUGCGGCGUCGCUCUGACCUCUACAGAGCCAGAGAGGAGGUGGUGUCUACACCUGCAGCCCAGGUGGUGCAGUAUGAGCCCGCCCACUCUGAUGCCAUCAACUGUGUGACCCCGUUGACUUCUGACCUGUGUGUGUCGGGUGGGAGUGACCAGGUCGUUGUGGUGUAUGACUGGAGAGCAGGAAAAGUGUGCAGAUGUUUUCAUGGCCACAGCAAGGAGAUCACCAAGCUGGGUUGUUUUGCAGGCAGUACAUGGAUUUUCAGCGCAUCACGUGAUAAAUCAGUGUUGAUGUGGGAUUUUACUGGUGGCCCCAACCCCAUCCAGUCAUUCUGUGGACAUGAGCUUGUCGUCAAUGGAGUCGCUGUCAGCCCAGACGGGUCGAAGCUGUGCACCGGCUCUCGUGAUAACUCUAUGUGUCUGUGGGAUGUUGAGAGUGGGAAGUGUUUACACAGAAACACCAUCUCACGCAACCUGGUAACUCAUCUGUGCUGGGUUCCUGGAGGAACAUCAAUAGUCCAAACCUCAGAAGAUAAAACCAUCAGAGUGUGGGAUAGUCGUACAUGGCAGGUGACAAACACAUUUCCAGCUAAGCAGUACAUCCAGACUCACUGUGACGUGAGUGUGAACCACUACCACCUGCUGUCCAGCAGCAACGGCUUUGGGGGUCAUGGCUGUGAGGCUACGCUGUGGGACCUAAGACAACCAGGCUGUAAGGUGGUUGAGUACAGAGGACAUGUUCAGACGACGGCGUGCUGUGUGUUCCUCCCCCCAAGCAUUGGCUCUCCUGCGCUCAUUGCCUCUUCAUCACACGACAGCUCAGUUAAGAUCUGGGACCAGAAUACAGCCGCGUGUUUGUUCACUCUGUAUCUAGACGGCUCAGGGCCGUUGUCGUCGUUAGCGCCGUGCGACUCCAGCACUCUCCUGUGUGCUAGCUACAACUCAGGCCUCCACCAGCUGCAGCUGUCACAGGGGACGAGCCCUAGCGUCAGGGAGGUGGCACGCUUCUGACCAGCACUAACGCUAACUUCCUGUUUGGAGCAGGAGAGGAUUUCUUAAUUAGGGACACACUGCCAUCUAUCACAGGUCACUGAGACCUUAUCACCCUGUGGUCCUUCCAGAAGCUCCGGCCACUGUCCAUGCUGUAGGUGUGCAGUUACUCUCUAUCUGUUGCACUACACAAAGUAUUGGCAUCCAGUCCAUCCUGUCUGUCUUAAACACACCAAAGAACAAGCAUCAAGCCAUGAUAUUUCGCUCUCUUUAUUCAAACAAAUUAUGCAAAGAAACGGCCAAUAUAUGUUAGAACACACAAAACACACACACAUACACACACAAACACCCAGUUCAGUGUCAGUGGCACUGUCAUGGCACAACACAGGAUCUCUACUGCGUUCAUUGAUAAGGAGAAUGCUUUGGUUUUUUCAUUUCUCCAUUUCUGCUUUGCAUUUACUAACCACUAAAGAACAUAAGAACACUGUACACAAACUGGAAGGGCAUACACUCACACACACACACACUCACACACACACUGUGAGGCAGCAAAAUCAUUGGAAGAUGUGUACAGGUAUGUCCUAUUUGGUUCGGAACAUACAAUGCAAACGUAGCUUCACGUAUAAAAACCCAUUUGACUCUGAAUCGACUUGGUGCAGGAAGUGAAUCAAUCAUAGUUUUUUUUUUGUAGAUUUCUUGCGAGCUGCUAAACUGAGUUGUAGUGCUGGAGAUCUGGAAAGACAAACACCACAAAACAUUUUAAACUACUUAUUUAUACACACAUUAAAAUCAGCAAUCCGAUCAGCCAGUCGGCAGGGAGCAGAGCAUCAAGACCUGCAGAUGAUUCAUUCAUUCAUUGUAAAUUCAAUUCAAGUUCACAUCAGAAUGGGGAAGAGCAACGUGAUUUUAGUGAUCUCUCAGCAAUUUCUCUGUGGAUUUUCAGUGAUCUCUCAGCGAUCUCUCUGUGGAUUUUCAGUGAUCUCUCUGUGGUUUUUCAGUGAUCUCUCUGUGGUUUCUUAGUGAUCUCUCAGUGGCUCUUAAUGUUUGAGUUUGUGAUUUUCAGAAACUGCUGAUCUGAGAUUUUUACACACAGUAGUCUCAACACAUCAAUAAGAAACAUCAGGUGAUCAUCUGUUCUGUGGACAGAAACAAGUUGAAGAUUAAGACAAAGGACGCUGAAGGUUAAAUUGUUCCACUGCCUUUAACAUUGUUCCUCUGAUUGAAGGGUAAACUGGACUGUUCCGUUGACUGACCGGACUUUUAGGAUCAUUCUCAUCUCCAGCUUCUUUAAAAUUCAGACUCUCACUGCUGCUUCAUGAAACAGUUUGUAUGUGAAUAUAAACAUAAUGGUGAAACAAAUAUCUGUUAACUCUUAGCUACUUUAGCCUGGUAUUGCCAGUGCAACAUGAAUGAAAUUACAGACACUCACACACACACGUGCUGGCUGAGUCGUUACAAGUGAAUGUUGUGAUUUUAUUUUACACCAAACUAUGCUUUAAAUUGAAUGUAGCAUUUUUUAAAAUUUAUUUAAAAAAAAUCCAGUAUCAUAAUAGUUUAUGCAAUUGUAAAUAUUAAAAAUAAACAGUUCCAAAAAUCAUAAA